ACGCUUAAUACGUUAACAAUAAGUAUUACGAAAAUUAGUUUCGGCCUAAGUAGAAAAGUUAUUACUCUAAGUAUAAUAAAAAUAGAGACGUACUUCGGAAUAAUAACUUUCUAUAUUUUACCUAUUAAUACCCCAUUUCUCCUAUAUCUAAAAAACAUAGAUUGA